GCAUCUCGUCCCGCCCUGCACCGGACCCUGCCGGGCGUCUUGGCCCUGCACUGAUUCUGCCCAUCCCCGCGGCUGCUGUAGGAAAAGUCUGCAGAGACCAGAACCCCCAGGCCCAAGCCGCUCCCGGGAGGAAACAUGGCCGCCCUGACUACGGUCGUGGCGGCUGCGGCGGCCACAGCGGUAGCUGGGGCGGUGGCGGGGGCGGGCGCGGCCACAGGGACCAGCGUGGGAGCGGCGCCCGCGCCGCAACAGAAUGAUGGCUGUUUUAGUACUUCAGGUGGAAUUCGUCCUUUUCAACUUCAAAACUGGAAGCAGAAAGUUAGUCGAACUAAGAAAGCAGAAUUCAUACGCACAGCAGAAAAAUUAAAAAACCAAGUUAUUAUCAUAGAAAAAGAUAAGCACAGUCAUUUCUACAACCAAAGAAGUGACUUCAGAAUUGAGCAUAGUAUGCUGGAAGAAUUGGAAAAUAAAUUGAUUAACAGCAGGAAAACAGAAAGAGCAAAAAUCCAGCAACAGUUGGCCAAAAUACAUAACAAUGUAAAGAAACUCCAGUAUCAGUUAAAAGAUGUGAAGCCUACACCUGAUUUUGUUGAAAAGCUCAGAGAAAUGAUGGAAGAAAUUGAAAAUGCAAUUAACACUUUUAAAGAAGAACAGAGGCUUAUAUAUGAAGAGCUUAUUAAAGAAGAGAAAACAACGAAUAAUGAGUUGAAUGCCAUAUCAAGAAAAAUUGACAUAUGGGCUUUGGGUAAUUCAGAAACAGAGAAAGCUUUCAGAGCAAUCUCAAGCAAAGUUCCUAUAGACAAAGUGAUACCAAGUAGUCUUCCAGAAGAAGUGGUAGAUUUUGAAAAAUUCCUUCAGCAAACAGGAGGGCGACAAGGGGGCUGGGAUGAUUAUGACCACCAGAACUUUGUAAAGGUGAGAAACAAACAUAAAGGGAAACCAGCAUUUGUGGAAGAAGUUCUUGAAUACCUUCCAGGAAGAACACAGGAUGAAGUUCAACAGCAUGAGAAAUGGUAUCAAAAAUUUCUGGCUUUAGAAGAAAGAAAAAAAGAGUCUAUUCAGAAUUGGAAAAGUAAAAAGCAGCAAAAAAAGGAGAAAAUUUUCAAGUUAAAAGAAAAGGCAGACAACAUACCUAUGCUCUUUCAUAAUAAACUAGAAGAUAAUCAAAAGCAAAAAGAAGAACAAAGAAAGAGACAGAAAUUGGCAGUUGAAGCUUGGAAAAAACAGAAAAAUAUAGAAAUGUCAAUGAAAUAUGCUUCCCAGUUAAAAGAAGAGGAAGAGAAGGAGAAAAAGCAGCAGAAAGAGCGUCAACGCCAGUUUAAACUAAAAUUACUUCUAGAAAGUUAUACCCAGCAGAAGAAAGAACAGGAAGAAUUUUUGAAGCUUGAAAAGGAGAUGAGAGAAAAGGCAGAAAAGGCAGAAAAAAGGAAAACUGCUGCUGAUGAAAUUUCCAGGUUUCAAGAAAGAGAUUUACAUAAACUUGAAUUGAAAAUUCUAGACAGACAGGCAAAGGAAGAAGAAAAGGCAGAAAAACAAAGAAGAGUGGCAAAAUUAAAAGAAAAGGUUGAAAAUAAUGUUAGUAGAGAUCCCUCUAGGCUUUACAAACCUACCAAAGGUUGGAAAGAACGAAUCAAGAAGACAGAACCAACAGGCUCUGGACCUCUUCUACAUAUCCCACAUAGGGCUAUUCCAACCUGGAGACAAGGAAUAUAGAAAAUGUCAGAUAACUGAAUUGCUAUUCAUUUUUUGAGAAUGUUAACAUAUUCAGUUAUACUAAGAGAGUAACUAACCAUAUUCUUUAAAUAUCACUAGCUUAUUAGCCAGGUUAAUUAUUGUGCUGUAGGUGAAUUGAGAGGUAUUUUUAAGUUUCAUGCACCAUUGUCAUUAGUAUUUCCUGCUUCUACUAAGAGGAUAUUUAAAGUGUAUGUUGGCCUAUUAUUGAUGUUAAAGUUAUUUAAAUAACUUGUUCAAACUUUAUUCCAUUUAAAUACUGAAAAUAUUUCAAAUAUAUUUUGUUUUUUUGUCAUGUGUAGCAAAAUAAAUUGAGAUAGUCAUAGAAAGACAUUUUUUAAACCAAAAUUUUGUAACUUUUAUAACUUUGAAGUAAGUUAGCUAGAGUAACAAAAAUGUAAAGUGUCUUUUUUUAAGAGUUAUGAAAUACCUUAAUAUUUUUUCUAAGUUUAACAAAUUGGUAGUUUGUCAGUUAUUACAUUUUUGUGUAAUAAACAUUUUGUAUUUGUUUGGAGCAUGCUUUGUUUUAUAAAGAGAAUACUUUAAAAAUAUACCUUGCACCUCAUAUUCCCUAUUAAUUGUAUUAUUGCUAUCAUCCUUUUGGUUUCCUUCAGCUAUUCCCAAUUGCCCUUCAGUCUUUCUGAACUUCAUACAUUUAUAAAAUCUUUGUGUCUUUCACAUCUUACUGGUUAAUGCAGUUUUUAUUGUCUGCUCUGUUUGCCUUACAAUAGAAAAAUUCUUUGUUCUGAAACAUCAUCUGAAAUGAGCUAGCUUUAAAAUACUUGUUUUUCUUAGG